AGAGCUUUUAAGGAGCUCUGAGUCAGAGAGAAAGCUAUUUUCUUGGUUUCUCUUUGGCCUGGGAGUGGCAACACGGAAUCAUAACAAGGAAACGAUGCAAGUUUGAUGUUGUCGCCACCAUAAACGCUUUUCUUUUGGCAUUACAGGAACCUAGCAAUUAAUCCGUUUAGGAAUAAAAUCAUUUACACUCGAGAUACGGAUUUUAUAUGAUUACUUUGCAAUGCUUAAAACGUCUUACUGGAGGUUAGUAAAGUUCUUUAUCAUUGCAGGUGUACUCACAUUUGUUGUCAAUAUCUUACUGAACAAAAAAGCUCAGCCAAAGACAGACUUAUCAACACCAAGUCCUCUGUCUCAAGAACUUUACAAGGUGAUUUCCCCAGAGACCUACAAAUAUGUUGUCAACCAUGCAUCUGUGUGUAAAGACAGAAACCCAUUUCUGGUGCUGAUGGUUCCAGUGGCACCCGCUGAUGGGUUGUCCAGGGAUGCUAUCAGAAAGACAUGGGGCCGACCAGGCCUCAUCUCUAAUGUGGAUAUCCUCACUCUGUUCUAUGUGGGCCUGCCCAAGGAGGGCCAAAGCUCCCACAUUCAGCAGGACCUGGAGAGGGAGAGCAAAGAACACGUUGACAUCAUCCAAAUGGACUUCCUGGACAGCUACCACAACCUGACUAUCAAGACCAUGAUGAUCAUGGACUGGCUCGCCACCCACUGUCAGGGUGCCUCUUUUGCGAUGAAGGUGGAUGCAGACAUUUUCGUCAACGUGUUCUACCUGGUCAAUAAGCUGUUAGUUGGUGGUGGCCUUCUCAGGCAUAAGUACAUCACAGGCUCAGUCAUCAGUGACGGCAAGCCUCGUAGGGAUAGGAAGAGUAAGUGGCAUCUGUCUGAGGACGUUUACCCUGAAGACACGUUCCCCCCAUAUGUCUCUGGAGCAGGGUAUGUCUUCUCUAUUGACCUGGCCAACAUGAUCUCAUGGGCAUCCAGGUUUGUGAGACCCAUCCCCCUGGAGGAUGUCUAUGUGGGGUUGUGUCUCAGGGUACUAGGGGUUCGGCCUGUGUACUCCCAAACGCUGCUUCCUCCCAGGAACCUGUUUGAGAUCCGUCGGUUGGAUUAUGAGAGGUGUACGUAUGCCACGCGGGUCAUUGUCACUGGAUUUAAACCACAUGAGCUGCUGGACAUUUGGGGUGACUUUCAGAAAAGCCAUCUCACCUGCUGAUGUCUCAAUCCAGUCUUUCUUAUGCAAUAAAAGGAAUAACUAGCCCUUAAAUGUGUAUGUUCCUUUGUUUUCUAGUGGAGGCAAUGUUCUUUGAUGUCAUACACAAUAUCUUGAACUUGACUGGUGUUUGUUGGUAAAAUGAUAAGCUAACAUUUGGUGAAAGGUUUAUUAUCGACCUUUAAUACUAAGGCAAAAAGUUAGUUGAUGUAAAAUUAGAUGUAAUCAUGUCAAACGUAAGCAAGAUCUGUAGUUACACUUUAUAAACAGCUGGUGGCAUAGUUCACCCACUUUCCUAUUACACUGAGGUGGAAGAGAACGGAUCAGCAUCACAGUGCAAUGGAGUGGGGUAUCAUGACCAGAAUAUCACUACAAGUCACAUAUGUUAUUUAAUCUUAUCAAUUGAAGUGCCUUCUGAUCAAAUACUGAAUCUGUCCAAUUACUCCAAUUCAUUUUUAUCCUCUGCACUGAAUAGUGUCAUUGAACAAGUAGGCCACACUCCAAAUUCAUCUGACUAUCUUUAAUGCAUUGUAAUUUAACUGAGAAAUGUUAUAGUAUAGUAAUCCAUAUCAUCAUAAUGAAAUGUUUGUUGUUGGUGGUGACUGUUACGUAAUUGCUGUGGGAAAAGAAUGAAGUAAACGGAGGAAUGAAGAUGUCCUCAGAUGCUGUAUAAUUACAGGGUGGUUGGAUGGUAAAAUGAUGAUAUAACGAUAUAAUCUCUCUGCAGCAGAAGAGAGAUGUGUCAGUGAGUGGGCUCAAAAAUAGGCUGAUGAUUCAUGAACAUUAGAGUCGGCAGCCUGCUUCUCUCAGCUAGCCUGCAGCAGAUGGCUAACACUCAGGCUGUAGGACCAGUCACACUAACCAUAGCACCACAAGACAGUGACAAACAACACAUUUCAGCCUUCCUUUUGUUUUGCUACUCUUCCUUUGCCUCUGUUGUAUUCAUUUGAUUCCCAUCACUUUCAGAGCGAGUUUAUGCUUAGGCUGGUCCACUCAAGCCUGUAAAACAACCUUGUUCCUCUUUCCCAGCUCCAAUGUUACCUUCAUACAAACUCUGUUUGACGUCACAAUGUUUCUAGAAAUAUAGCUGGUUCAUAUAAUGUAUGUGAGUUUAGUUACAGUGAC